CUACACAAAUAUGUAGUCGGUCUAAACCAAGAGCUGUAACACUUUGUUUUAAAGCACGUUCAUAUUGGAAUGUAUUUAGCUGACGUGAAACAACCGUUAACUCGAAAAAAAGUCAGUGGUGUUUCCAAACAUGCUGUAUUUUUGACAAGUGUUCCUGUUUUCCACAAAGGAAGGAAAAUAGCAACAAACGUUUCGGAUUUAAUCGCGAUGGACAAUAGCGAUACCACUAAAAAUAACGCCGAUAACGCGUCUAACAGUGGCAAUAAUGAAGACAUAGACCUAGAUGACUGGACACCGCCAGGGGCUGACCUGGUACAGAAGAUGGUAUCCCAGGUAGAAUUUUAUCUCUCAGACGAGAAUCUAGCCAAAGAUGCCUUCCUUUUAAAACAUGUGAAAAGAAACAGAAUGGGCUACGUGAACAUCAAAUUGCUUACGUCUUUUAAAAAGAUGAAGCAGCUGACCAAGGACUGGAGAGUCACUGCCUAUGCUCUUCAUCACUCUUUGAAGUUGGAGUUGAACAAGGAAAGGACCAAAGUGCGUCGAAAAGCCCCAAUACCAGAGUCUCUCCUAGUCCAAGCUCCCAGCCGGCUUUUACUGGUGUGGAACAUUCCAGAACCAUCCCACAGAGGGGAUGUGACCCAACCUCCUAGAAGCAGUAUGGAGGUGGCCAUCGCCAUCCUGAGCCCUUUUGGAACCAUCAGCACCAUCCGGCUCAUCCGGCCCGGUAAGGAGCUUCCGCCGGAAAUCCGGAAGUACAUCCACAGGUAUCCUGAGCUGGGUUGCCUGGACUGUGUGCUGGUGGAGUACGAGGACCUGGGAGGGGCGGGUCGAGCCUACCGUGAGCUCUCACGGAGGGGCGGAGCAGUCAGGGCACUGCUGGUGAGGAGGAGCACCGGGAAAAUGUCCGGACUGGGCGUAGAUCACAUGGAGGACAGGUGUGACGGGAGGAGUGUGGGUGUCCUGAUCCAGAGGAUGACACUUCUCCAGCACGGAGUGGAAGACGAGUCGGACUCCUCCUCCAUGCUCGCACCCUGCUCCUCCCCAAACCCCCUAGGGGUGUCACCCAAGUCCAGUCCCCGCUGCCCCAGGCUCCCCCGUGCACCUCUGCCUGGCCCCCUCCCGCUGGCCGCUCUGGUGGCAGACUCUAGCCCCAAACUUGGCUGUCCAGACCAAGGUGACUUUCCGCAGCUGGAAGCAGGGGCCAGUAGCCUCCGAAUGCAGAGUUACAAGCUGCCCAACCCUCAGGCGCCGACCCUGGAAGGAAACCUCAAAGUGAGCCACCUGGGGCAAAAGAAGACCCAGGCUGCGGACCCUGUGCCCCUGGGGGUCACCCACCACCCGCAGGGACCAGACGAAACCACGGGGUUUCACAGCACUGCUGGAAGAGGAAGGUCUCCGAGGAACUUUUGAAGAAGAUUGUAACUUGGGAGCAUUUGGCAAAUGCAUCGAUGAUGUGGGUAACUAAUGCAGAGUUGGAGGUAUCCCUCCAUCACAAAAUACAUCUGCAUUCGAUUGGCGUUACUCUACCGCAGUCACCAAAAUAAACCUACUGUUGUUUUCCGGGGCCCUAUAAACUGCGUAGGAACAGUAAAGAAUAGGUUGAUGGUCAAUAUUUUUACUUCAAUGUGUUGAUGACAAUCCAGUUGGAGGGUCUAUUAUGUUUUGAAUACAGAGUCUCUGUGAUAGCUGUAGUGGCCCAGUUUGGGCUGUGUAUCGUGAGUGUUCCAUUGCCAUGGCGACGCUUCAAUUUGCGGCACGGCCCUCAGCCGACAACAGCCCCCGGCUCCAUUGUGAGAGAGUUAUUUUCUGGUUUUUGAAAAGAUGAAGUGUUUUGGAAAAUAACGGCCAUGGUUCUUCAAAAGCUGUUCUUUAUAGACAGUACAAAAAAUUAAAAGACAAAAUUUUCUGUAUAACCAAUUCCAUUGUCAUAUACAAAUAAAUUGCACAAUUAAGUGUUGUUCUGAACUCCACUAAUCAGUUUGCUGAGUAGAAUUGGCAUAGAAAAGUCAUGUUAUCAGGCAGUCUUUCAAAAUGUGAGCC